AGCGAAUAUAUUAUAUAUAUAGAAAAACAUAAAUCUAAAAUGCAAGCGUGUAGAAAAAAAAGAGCUCCGGGCGACACGGCGUCAAUUUUGUGGAGCAAACUCUUUGUGUCCAGCCUCUGCGGAUUAUUGUUGCUUGGCAUUCAAAUUGAGCGUGCGGCGUCUGCGCCUGCAGGUGAGGAUGAUGCUGCAGCCAUGCCUACUACUCUGAUGCCACCACUGGAUAUAACCACUGAAGUUGACUCUACAACAGCAACAGCAACAACAACAACGACAACAACAACCACAGUAGCGGCAGCAACAACAAUUGGCGUAGAACAAAGUAGCGAGUCGACUGCGACUGCGACUGCGACCAUGUUGGAUAGUUCAACGACUUUGGGAUCCAACAAAUUGAACUCAAGCGAAGCUGAGAUGACGACAAUAUUACCUGUGGUUGAAAUUAGUAGCACCUUUAGUAGUAACAGCAGCGUGGCCCAAGAAGAAACCACUGUGCGCUCGACGAGCAUCGAGCCCAUUACCUCCACGGAGCCAACAACAACUCCGCGUGUUGAGAUCGUACAUCAGUCGGAGCUGGAGCAGACGCACAUUCAGCAUAUUCCUCUAAAAGAUGAGCAUGCUGAGAGCGUGGGCGGCGAUGCCACCACGGAGCAACAGCAGCAGGAACAGCAGAAUGAGCUGUUGCUUAACCAAAUCUCCAAUGAGAACGAUGGUGAUGCCAAGGAUUUGAAUAAUUUUCGGCAUCCGGCAACACUUAUAACGGCCAGCAACAGCGAGGAGAACGUGUCCGGUAUCAGUGAGAAUGAAAGUGACAGCGACAAGUCCGCACUCACAACAACAACCACGACAUCGACAACGUCAACAACAACAACUGCCGCCCCAACAACGACAACAACAAGUGAGUCCGAAGAUCCCUAUCAUGUGCAUAUACUGUCCGAGAAUCAUGAUCGCCUGGCCGAGCACGAAGAUUAUCAAAUGCUGUCGAGCAGCACCGAGGAGGGCGAGCCAGCGACAACAACUGCAGCAGCAGCGGCAACACCAACCACAGCAACAACAACAACAACGACAACGACAACGACAACCGAGUCGACCGUUGGCAUUAUUGUCAGUAUGGAGAACAAGGCAACGGCGCAGCCAUCAACUGAGACAACAUCCACAUCCCGAGCACGCGCCAUGAAUAUGAAUGAGCCCGAGAGUCAGCAACCGACUGAGAUGCCAGUCGAAGCGGAGACAGCGGCAGAGGCAGAGGCAGAGGCCACCACACUCAUUCCGCGGUUCGAAGUGGAUGCGGCUCCAGUGAUUAACAUUGUUGAAGGACAGCAUGUGCUUGGAGUGCAGCACCCAACCGAGGACGAAACAAGCAGCAGCGACAGUAGCAGCAGCAGCAGCACUACAACACCAACCACAACAACAACAACAACUACAACUGAUACACCAUUUGUUGCAUUCGCCGGCGAGGGUCGCUCGGCAGGUGGCGGCGAGGAUGUUGAGCUACUGUUCCGUCACAAUGCCACCAUGCAUCAGGCUUUUCUGGAUCUCAGCGACGUCAGUAUGGACGACGAACGCACAGAGCUAAUUACAACUACAACGACAACAACAACCUCUACAACAGCUCAACCCGAAACGGAAGUGCCGAAAAUUGUGGAGAUCACAGCCAGCGGAGAUACCAUGCAACGUGAAUGUAUGGCCAGCAAUGUCAGCUAUAAGCAUGGCGAAAGCAUGGAACGGGACUGCGAUGAGCGCUGCACCUGCAACCGCGGCGAGUGGAUUUGUGAGCCGCGUUGCAAGGGUAGCAGCUAUCCGCGCGGCAGCCAACGCACCAUGGCGAAUCCGCAUUGCCAAGAGCGUAUUGUGGAGGAGGAUGAAUGCUGUAGGGUUAUGGAGUGCGUCGAGCCAUUGCUAGAGCCCAGCGUAGCCACAGCCGACUUGGCUGGCAUGCCAGCUGUUGCUGCCGCUGAGCAGAAUGAAGAAGGCACGCCCAAGCCACGCAACGACUGCCAUUAUGAAGGCGGAAUUUACAAGUUCCGUGAGCGCCUGGAGAUUGGCUGCGAGCAGAUCUGCCACUGCGACGAAGGAGGCAUCAUGAAUUGCCGUCCGCGCUGUCCGGAACGCAAUCAUACGCGCGCCGACAAGUGUGUCUAUGUCAAGGAUCCCAAGGACGUCUGUUGUCAGCUGGAGCUCUGCGAUGUUACGCUGGAUGAUCACGAGCAACAGCAGCCGCUGCUACCCACGCUGCAUGGCGGUCAGAACAGCAUUGGAGAUGAGCACGAGCAGGAGCGUAGCUUUAACUUGGAGGAGCAGGCACGUGAUGCUGGCGGCGCCACGCCCACUUGCAGCUUCAAAGGCGUACAGUAUGAUCUGGGACAGCAGUUCCGCGACGGUUGCGAGCAGCUGUGCAUCUGCAAUGAGCAGGGCGUGCACUGUGCCAAGGUAGAGUGUCCCUCCACCUUCGGCCUGGACGUGCUCAAUCCACUUUGCAUACGCUGGGAGCCGGUGCCGGCAGACUUCAAGCCCGUAGCACCACACUGCUGUCCAGAGAGCAUGCGCUGUGUGGACAACGGCACCUGCACAUUCCAAGGCAUGGAGUUUGAGAACUGGGCACCCAUUCCGGCCAACCUGACGGGUUGCGAGAAACAUUGCUACUGCGAGAACGGCAAGGUGGAGUGCCGUCCAGCUUGUCCGCCAGUUCUGGCACUGCCACCUGCAGACUUGCCUUGCCAUCCGGCGCAGGCGCGUCUGCUGCCCAUUCCCGAUGAUGAGUGCUGCAAGCACUGGGCCUGCGCACCGCUGUCACCCAAGAUAGGCGCAGCUGGGCAGCAGGAACAGGAGGAGGAGACACAACAAGAUCAACAGAAACAGCCGGCAACCCAAACCUCAAUGCCAACUGAAACAACAACAACAUCGACAACGACAACAACGACAACAGCAACAGCAGCAACAACAACUAACAAAGUGUUGCAUGAGAAGCCAACGGAUGUUGAUUACGAGAAGAAAUCACAGCUAGCCGCCGCCUUCUAUCCCACACUGGAUGGCAAGCCGCCAAAGGCGAGCGCAGGCAUCUUUGACAAGCAUGACAAACACCACAAGAAGGUCCAGCCACACCAGCAGCAGCAACAAAAUGACAUUAAGUACGAUGUGCAUGAGGAUCAGCAGGAGGACGUUGUGAACAAUGGAGCACCGUUGCCACCGGGAGGCGGCUUUGUGCCACUGCAGCUGGGCGGCCACUACAAUGACUAUCAACAGCAGCAACAACAUCAGCAACAGCUUGGACCCUAUGGCUUCUACAACCCGGCAAAGCCCGCCUAUGAUGCAUACAAUCCCUAUGAGCCAUAUGACAUUAAUCCGAAUGGCAUACCACAGGGCAAGCCCCCGCCGGUGCCGACCAGUCAAUCGGAUCUGUUCAAUAUUCUAGGCGCUGAACAGUCUGGACAUCCGGCACAGUCAUUGCCCCAGAAGGACAACCACAAUCUGCCCUCACAUGUGAGAAUCGAGCAAAUAUUGCAGCACUUGCAGCAAAGCGUGCCAGGCGGACCAGGAGCAUCACCCCAACAGCAACAACAACAACAACGGCCAUUGCCUCCUCAUUAUGUGCCCAUAGUGCACAGUGGAGUGCCACCGCCACCGCCUCCACACGGCAUUGCCAUAGUAGAUGGUCAGCCCGUGGCAUAUGAGAGCUAUCCAUUGAUACCUGGUCUGGGCGUCCCACCACCUUUGCAACAUCCCCAGCAGCAGCAGCAUCAGCAACACAAUCAACAGCAACAUCAACAACAAAAACAGCAAAAACAACAACAUGAAUCAUUGCAGCAAUUGCCUAGCAUUGCGCCCAGCUCUAGCACCAGCUCUGGUCUAUCCACGCAGGCCAGCGAGCACAGCCUGCAUCACAGUCCGAACCAGAGUGAAAGUCAGAGCCAGAGCCAGGGCCAAACGGACAAACUGCCCACCCAGCAAGCAGGCUUCAACAAUCUACAGCCAGACAUCGAAGUGCACACUCUGGAGGCCAUUGAUCCACGUACCAUUCGCAUUGUGUUCACUGUGCCACAGGUUUAUGUGAAUCUUCAUGGACGUGUUGAGCUGCGAUAUACCAAUGGCGCGAGCAAUGAUACGUCUAGCUGGGAGCAACAGAUAUUUGCACCGCCCGAAGAUCUAAUUGCCACCUCGCAAAUGGAGUUCGAUUUGCCCGGCCUGGAGCCAAAUUCGUUGUACAAGGUGAAGAUAACGCUGAUUCUGCGCGAUCUUAACUCGCAGCCUACGAGCCGAGUCUUCACGGUUAAGAUGCCAGCUGAGCGGACGAUAACGCCGCCGCCCCAGAUUUCUGACUACAGACCAGACUUCCAGGACAUCUUCAAGACCGUGGAGGAUCCCGAGCUGAAUGUCAGCGAAACGAACGCCACGUGGCUACAGCUGACCUGGAAGAAGCUGGGCGACGAUCAAAUGGAGUAUGUGGAUGGAGUACAGCUGCGCUACAAGGAGCUUACGGGCAUGAUCUAUUCCUCCUCGCCUUUGAUACAUCGUACGCUCACCGGUUACACCAUACAGAAUCUGCAGCCUGAUACAGGCUACGAAAUCGGUCUCUAUUAUAUUCCAUUUGCCGGCCAUGGAGCCGAGCUACUGGCCGGACACAUGAUCAAGGUGCGCACAGCACCCAAAACGGAUGUCUAUGGAUUCGAUGUUAUGGUCAAUGUCACCAAGGUGAAGUCGCAGAGUGUGGAAAUCUCCUGGAAUGGUGUGCCCUACCCAGAAGACAAAUUCGUGCACAUCUAUCGCGCCAUCUAUCAGAGCGAUGCUGGCAAAGAGGAUUCAAGCGUGUUCAAGGUUGCCAAGCGGGACAGCACAACAGGCACUCUGAUUAUGGACCUUAAGCCAGGCACCAAAUAUCGCCUCUGGCUGGAAAUGUACCUCACCAACGGCAACACCAAGAAGAGCAACGUGGUCAACUUCAUUACCAAGCCAGGUGGUCCAGCGACGCCAGGCAAAACAGGCAAAUUGCUUACUGCAGGCGUCUCUGAUCAACCAGUUGGCGACUAUUACGGCCCACUUGUCGUUGUCUCUGUGAUUGCCGCUUUGGCGAUAAUGUCGACGCUCGCACUGCUGCUGAUCAUAACCAGGAGACGAGUGCAUCAAACGGCAUCGAUAACACCGCCGCGCAAGAGCGAUGCAGCCUACGACAAUCCCUCGUAUAAAGUAGAGAUACAGCAGGAGACAAUGAAUCUGUAACGGGUCGUUCAGAUGAGAGAGGCAAUACUCAAUGCACCCAAAACUAGCUUAGAGCAAUGUUCUUGUAAAUACUUCAAAAACUCAAAACUCAGUGUCAGUAAAAAAAGAAAAGAAAAGUUAAUGAUGAAAUUAAUAUGAAUUUCCAUUACCCGGCGCAGGAUUCAAGGGAUGUCCACUCACUAAAAUGGCCGCCAUGUUGUAUGUAGUGUUUAAGAGCCCUUAUAAAUGAACUAAACAUUUUUUGUUGUUAAACAAUUGUAACUUGUGUAUAUAGAGAAAUAGAAGAGAAAAACUGAAAACUGAAAAAUUAAAAGUGAAUAAUGAAAUCUGAAAACUGACCAAGUCCAAGAAACCAAUCGGCCUCGCCUGGGGCGUGUGAAAUGUUUAUGUUUACGCAAAUUCUUCUAGCGAUUUCUAAAUGCCUAGUUAGUUUAACUUGUAAAUUUUAGCUUUACAUACGUACAUAUACCGUAAUUUAAGAACGAACACCAGCAGUUCUUCAAGUAACAGUCCAUAAAUAUUUAAAUAUUAGCUUGUAAACGUACAGAGAUAU